AUGCCUGAGAGAAUCCCGACUGGAGAAAAGCCGUUCAAUACUCUAAACGUAGCAAAACCUCUGAUCAGAACACCUCCAUUGUGGUUCUUGGAAGGACCCUCACAGAAGAGAAGCCCUACAAGUGUUCCCAAUGCAGUAAAUGCUUUAGGAAGCAUGGCAACGUGGACACACACAAAGGAGAAACUGUUUGAAUGUCCUGAUUGUGAGACAUGUUUCUGCGAUAAUUCCAACCUGGUGAUACACCAGAGGAUUCACACAAGAAAGAAGCCCUUUAAAUGUCCUAACUCUGGGGAUAGUUUAUGUCAAAAUUCUUACCUCGUUUCACACCAGAGCACUCAUAAGGGAGAGAAAUCGUUGGAAUGUCCUGGUUCUGAGAAAAGUUUCAGUAAGAAUUCUAGCCUGGUGACACACGAGAGGACUCACACAGGAGUGAAAGCCUUUGAGUGUCCCGAGUGUAGGAAAAGUUUCAGUAACAAUUCCAGCCUGGUUCAACAUCAGAGGAUUCACACAGGAGAGAAACCAUUUGAAUGUCCUGUUUGUGGGAAAAGUUUCAGUCAGAAUUCUCACCUCAUGAAACACCAGAGGAUUCACACAGGAGAGAAACCCUUUGAAUGUCCUGACUGUGGGAAAAGUUUCAGUCAGAAUUGCAACCUGGUUCAACACCAGAGGAUUCACAGAGGCGAAAAAUCCUUUGAAUGUCCCGAUUGUGGUAAAAGUUUCAGUACUAAUUUCAGCCUCAUGACACACCAGAGAAUUCACACAGGAGAAAAACCCUUUAAAUGUCCUGAUUGUAGGAAAAGUUUCCGUCAGCAUUCCAACCUCAUCGGCCACCAGAGGACUCACACAGGAGAGAAACUCUUUGAGUGUCCUGAUUGUGGUAAAAGUUUCAGUCAGAAUUCCAGCCUGGUGAAACACCAAAGGAUUCACACUGGAGAAAAACCCUUUGAAUGUCCUGUCUGUGGGAAAAGUUUCAGUCAGAAUUUCAACCUGAUUCAACACCAGAGGAUUCACACAGGAGAGAAACCAUUUGAAUGUUCUGAUUGUGGUAAAAGUUUCAGUACGAAUUCCACCCUGGUGAAACACCAGAGGACUCACAUAGGAGAAAAACCCUUUGAAUGUUCCGAUUGUGAUAAAAGUUUCACUACCAAUUUCAGCCUCAUGACACACCAGAGGAUUCACACAGGAGAAAAACCCUUUAAAUGUCCUGAUUGUGGUAAAAGUUUCAGUACGAAUUCCACCCUGGUGAAACACCAGAGGAUUCACAUAGGAGAAAAACCCUUUGAAUGCCCCGAUUGUGGUAAAAGUUUAAGUACAUAUUUCAGCCUCAUGACACACCAGAGGAUUCACACAGGAGAAAAACCCUUUAAAUGUCUGGACUGUGGGAAAAGUUUCCGUCAGAAUUCCAACCUCAUCGACCACCAGAGGACUCACACAGGAGAAAAACCCUUUGAAUGUCCUGACUGUGGGAAAAGUUUCAGUAAGAAUUUCAACCUGGUUCAACACCAGAGGAUUCACACAGGAGAGAAACCGUUUGAAUGUUCUGAUUGUGGUAAAGGUUUCAGUACAAAUUCCACCCUGGUGAAACACCAGAGGACUCACACAGGAGAAAAACCCUUUGAAUGUCCCGAUUGUGGUAAAAGUUUCAGUACCAAUUUCAGCCUCGUGACACACCAGAGAAUUCACACAGGAGAAAAACCCUUUAAAUGUCCUGACUGUGGGAAAAGUUUCCGUCAGAAUUCCAGCCUAGUUCAACACCAGAGGACACACACAGGAGGGAAACUAUAUGAGUGUCCAGACUGUGGGAAUGAUCCCAGUACUAACGUUAACCUUAUAAAUCAUGUACUUAUACACAAAGGAAACUUUCCACCCUUAUCGCACACAGAAAAAUCUCCUGAGGCCCCAAGCGAUUAAUGUAGAGAAGAGUUGAAUUUCAUUUCUAGUGUCCCAUUGUAAGUGCAGCUGAUAAGUCCAACUGAUAAAUUGACUAUUUAAAUUGAUUAAAUUAACUUGAAUUCGCCUGAUUUUUUGUAGGCAAAUAUGUAAUGGUAUUAGAUGCGGCAGAGGAAAGAAAAAGUUGGAAGAUAUUACUUUGAUAAUGGCUAUCUUGCUUUCAGCUUAAGUUGCUGGAUAUUUAUUUUUGUAGAAAUUUGGCUAUUAUGUAAAAAUCUUUUUGGGAGUGUUCUUUGCAUUUUGUGAUGGUGGAUGAUAGAAAUGCUAUGUGCCAGGAGUCCCAGCCUUUUUCUCCCUGGGGCCCCCCAAGAUUUUCAGCCUUAGAAUUCUCCAGCCAGCAUCUCUUGGGGAUUGGAGCCCUGAAACUAUAGAUUGUGGCUCCACAUAUAAGGAGAAAGCAAGAGGAGAAAAGACACAGAGGAGGUUCAAAAUUUAUCUUAUGCCAUUGCUGUCUUCUGUGAUUUUUUUUUUUUACCUAGCAAACAAACACAGGGUUUCCUAGUGGUGCACCAUCCAUUUAUUAUCCUGGAAGAAGUGGGCUUAACCUAGGAUUUUUUUUAAUAAUAGCUAUUUGCACCAUUUGGGAUGUUCAGUUUUAUAGACAGUCCUCGAUUACCGCUUAUUACUCAGCCUUCAAAAUUACACUGGUGUUGAAAAAUAGUUCCUCAAAGUUGUGCCCAUCACAGUUAUUUGGGGGUGGGACUGGCUUGCAAUUACGAUACUUUCGGUGUCCCACAGUCAUGGAAUUGCCAUUUGGAACCUUCACAAUUGGCUUCCAAUAAACAAAAUUGACAGGAAGUUGCAAGUCACACUCAUGGUACAUUGCACUGAAGAGAACACGGUGAUUCGCUUGACUGUUUUUCACAUGACCAUUGCAGCAUCCCCAUAGUCACAUGUUCAAAAUUCAGAUGCUUAGCAAAACACCCAUAAUUAUGAUGGUUGCAGUGUCCCAGACUCAAGUGAUCCUCUUUUUGCACCUUCUGACCAACAAAGUCAACAGGGAAGCCAGAUUCGCUUAACAACCAUGUGACCAAUUUAACAACUGCAGUGAUUCAUUUAGCAACUGUGGCAAAAAAAGUUGUAAAAUGGGGCAAAACUCACUUAACAGAUGUCUCCCUUAGCAACAGUGAAAUUCUGGGCUCAAUUGCAGUUGUAAGUCAAGGACUACCUGUAUUUACAUAAAGUAUCAGAGUUGGAAGCGACCUUAGAGGUGGUCUAGUCCAACCCACCGAUCAAGACAGGAGACCCUAUUCCAUUUCAGACAAGAGACUGUCCAGUCUCUUCUUAAAAGCCUCCAACCGGAACCCUGUCCUUUAAUGCCGCUGAAGCUCUUGGGAUCAUUUCAUCAAUUAACAUCCUCCCCUUGCUUUAAAGUUAGAUCAAAAAGUGUGAGUGUAUUGUAUGGAGUAAUCACAACAGACACACCCCUCCACCCAAAGAAUGAAAUAUUUUGGGUAAUAUUAAAAAGAGGCAGAAUAUUAUAUUUCCCCAACGGAGAAAUGGAGGGAAAAAAAUACUAGCAAAGGCAGAAAGCAGUCACAACAGUUUCCAGCAGAUACCUGAAAUUUUUAGAGAUGGAUAUUUUGUGUCCAUUAAGAAAUCUAGGACAGCCUAUUCACAAACAAAACACCUAGAAUGCCAAUUGAUGGGAUUAAUCACGAAUUAAAAUUUGCAUUUCCCCAUCCAAAAUCUAAGGACAGGACCUGACCUUUUAGUACACAGGUCCUCAAAGUACGGCCCCUGGGAUGGAUAUGGCCUGCAGAAGCAAUGUAUCGGGCCUGCGCAGUAGUGGGAUUCCGCCCUGCCCCUAGCCCCAUCCCUACCAGCCAUUAUUUGCGUGGCUGGCUGUGCCACCCGCAUCGCCCCUUCUCUAUCAGUCACCCUUAUCUUCCAAUGCACGGGUGUAUGCUUAGCACAAAGGUAAGGGGGAGGGUGGGCAGUGGAGGGCGUGUUUCACAAUGGGUUCUCCUCUUCCUGGAGCCCAUUAUGACGUGGAGCCACAAUGUGACCCUGCCCCACUCUCCCCUGACAACAGCAGUGUCGGCUCAUUUUCGCCUCCCAGAUGUCAGUCUUCCUGCAGAUACUGCAGGCUGCCUGUUUUGUGAUGCCCUGCCUCCCCGCCAGCCAGGUGAUCUUUGGGUCUCUGCCGACCGGCUGAUCAUCAGCAUUCGGCUCAUCAACCUCUGGAUGUCAGAUUCCCACCAUCUAGCACCAGUUCAGGGGUUCCUUCCCCCACCCCCGGACAGAGAGAGAGAGAGAGAGAAAGAGGGAGGAAGGGAAGGAAGGAUGAUAGGAAGAAAGACAGAAUUGGGGGUUGUGGUAAAAACUGUAGUUCAGUAAUUUAAUUUAAUUUUUAAUUUAAUUUCCAAUUUAUAUACCGCCCUUCUCCCUGAGGACUCAGGGCGGUGUACAGCCAAGAUAAAAAACAUAGAAUACAAAUAUUAAAACAUUUAAAAAUAUAUAUAAAUUUUGGCCCGAAAGUUAAGAAUCACAGACUAAUUAAAAGAAUUUAAAAAUUUUAAAAAUUUCUUCUUAAGCCAGUAAUAAGGAUGUGAUGGCCCUCCAGUAGCUACUGCAUUACACUCCCAUCAUUCCUGACUAUUAGUUGUGCUUAGAUGGCCAGGCCUCCCUCUCCAGGACCCUCCUCUCUGGCAAUGCCUCAGGUGUCUCCCGAAGGAGAAGAGAUUGGCCAGAAGCCAGGUGUUUCCGAGCCAUCGGAUAGUGAUGAAGAAACAUUGUGGUUGGACCCACGCCAGCGUCGGAGAGACAAGCGUGCGCAGCAGAAAAGGAGGCGUGCCAGAGAUUAAGCUGAGUCACUGGACCACACCCCACAGGCUAUAAAAGGGAGUGUGGUGGCCAUUUGGACUCUGUGACGGACAAAGCUAAUCUCUGCCGAGUCACUUUGCACCUUUGGACACAACGCCUAUUUGCUGUGGAUUUAAUCAUAAACUGGACUAUUCAAACUGUGUGUAUUUUUGUCUGUGUUAUCGGAGUAAAAGUUCUUGGCAGGCAGCCACGGAGUUUCUGCCAAGUUCCUUAUCACUGA